AUGGACGCACCCUCUUCUGCGCCUGCCGACUCCGCAGGGGAUGCCUCCUCGAUGAACCCCGAGUGUGAACAGGCGUCUCCCCUGCAGUCCGUGAAGGCCGGCAGCGCCUGCGACCGCUCGUCCGCGGCCUGCACUUUUUCUUUUGCGUCGCCGGAAGAUGUAGCCUCUGCCGGCGCGCCCGCCCCGGCGUUGCUCUCUCAAGACGCGUCCUCCGCGCCUCUCUUUUCUUCCGCGUCUCCCUUGUCUGCACCGCUCGCAGGGCGGCGCGACAGCCUGAAACGCGCCGCGUGCGACGCUCCGGCGGCGCCUUGUGCCGCGGCUCCCGCGGCGGGGCGGGCUCCCGAGCCGCUGGCGGCAGACGCAGCUCCCCAGGGCAGCCAGGAGAGCGCCUCGACGUCGCCUCACGGCCGUUCGCCUGCGAGCCCGAGCACGCUGAACGUGGCGCGGUCGACGUGUCUGUCGGUGUUGAAUGCGCUGUCGCUUUGUUGCCCCGAGUGGAAGAAGAAGGACAACUUCCGCUCCUUUUAUUUCCACUUUGCGCAGAUCUCGCAGGCCGCGGACCGCUCGUUCCUCGACGUAUACCUGACGAUUGUUUUCGACAAAAUCAUCAGGAACCUUCCGCCGCAGCCGUGCCCGCCGCCGAUCCCUCUCGUCGUCCGCGCGAUCCAGCAGCUGCCUGCGGCCGACGUGAAGGACAUCACCGAGGAGCUCGAUGCCCUGCGCUUCUCUUCCGCGGCCGCCGCCGCGCAGGUCGCGGCGACUUCGGGCCCCGCGGCGGGGGGCGCCGGCUUUGACGACCAGGGCUCCGCCGCGGCGCCCGCGCCAGCGGGGGAGGACUCGAGGGGCUUUGCGGAGAGCGGUUCGGGGACGUCCCUGGGGAAGGGCGCGCGAGGCAGCGCCCUGCGUGGCGGCGAAGGCGCCCCGAGCAGCGCUGCGGCGGGAGGCACCGCAGGUGGCGGCGCUCGGGGCCGCGGGGGCCACAGGGGGGCGGCAGGGAGCCUGCAAAGAAGCAUGAGUGGCUCGGCGGGGUCUGACCCCGAGCGGCAGGACGACUUCGGGGACGAGGCCCUGGCGCCCGCGGGUGCGUCGCCCGCUAACGGCGGCCCCGCGGGCGCCUCGACGCCGCAGGCGCUGCGCCGGCUCGUGGGUGGCAUUUCCUUCAACCGGAGUGGGAACGCCUGGGUUGCGAGCUGGGUGACGCGAUCGGACUUCAAGCACCGCUACAAGUACUUCAAAACUGCAGACUUUGGCUACGAGCAGGCGCGCCUCUUGGCGAUCCGCUUUCGCCAGCACAAGCUGCUCUCCGGAGACGCGGUCGUGGAGGCCUCGGAGCUCCAGCAGCGGCACGGGGGCGGGUCCGCGGCGCAGGCGGCUGCGGCGCACGGGGGGGCAGGGGGCGGCGACGGAGAGUCGCCGCUGGACUCCUGGGCGUCCUCGGACGCGACCUUCGUGGCGAACGAAGACAGUGAGAGAGGCGAAGAGGGCGGCGGACGGCGAGGCAGCGACACGCCGUCUUCGUGGUCACCUGCUCGCCAGCCGGUGCGCGCCGGUUCGCUUCUGUAUUCCAAGGGGGCGGCAGGAGCCGCGGCCGCGCAGAAAGACGGCCUCUCGGCCGGCGCCGGCGUCGGCGCGCCGGAUGGAGGCAGAAGUUUUUCUUUGCCGGAGUCGACGAGGAGCCGCGGAGGCGCUAACUUUCGUGCGACGGAGCCUUCCCCGAUGGAGGGCGUUUACUACCGCGAGGCGGGAAGCGGCGGCUCGGGCUCGGCCUCGUGGCAGUGCCGCUGGUCAGUGGGCGGCAAGAAGUAUAGCAAGACGUUCGCCGUGAGCAAAUACGGAACAGACAAGGCGCGCGAGCUCGCGAUUCGCUUCAGGCUCCAGCAGCAGGCCGAGGCGACGCUCGGCGCCCAGCAGGGCAUCGACUACAACAGUCGAAGCGUGGAGAUGGUGAUCUCCGAGGGCGACCAAAACCCGGUCUUCGUCGAGAGGGACUCCACGCAUCAGCAGGACGCCGCCGCGGCCUGCGACGAGUCAUACCGCGCCACAGCCGGCGCGGCGGACGGCCGUCGAGGCCUCCUCGGCGCCAUUCAGUCCCCGGCGUCGCCGCAAGUCGCUCUGUCAUGGUCCGAUGGAGGCGGACCCGACGAGGGCGAGGGAGCCUUUUCUGCCGCAGGCGGGAGAGGCUUCGGGACGCCGCACGCCGACGCUGCGCUCGCCGGGGGCCCUGGAGGAGGGGCGCGGCGCUCGGGCGGCGCUGGGCCUGCGGUUAGCGGCUUCCCGGGCUCGCCUGGCGAAGAGACCCCGGCGGCCUCGCAGCCCGAGAAAGGUGAGCGCGGAGGCGGAGCCUGGCAGGCCGGCGUCAAGUUCGACGAGGCGACCAAUUCUUGGAAGGCCUGGUGGCGACAGAGCGGAGGGCGCGCCGUGUUCAAAGCGUACCCUGUUGCCCGCUACGGAGAGGCUGUCGCGCGCGAGAAGGCUGAGACGGCGAUGCGGGCGAAGGCCCUCGAGCUGCAGGUGAUGGGGGGAACGGUGCCGAGGAGCUCGUCGUCCUCGCUGGCAGACGGGGGCCCCUUGGCGGCGCGGGGGUCGGCGCCCGGCUCGCGAGGGCGCGGAGGCCUGGCGGUCGGCGGCGGCACGUCGCCGUAUGGACACUCGUUUUUCUCUGUCUCCGGCGCCGGCGGUCCAGGGCGGGGCCCGCUGCAGGCCGGCGGCGCCGCCGCCUCCUCGCCUUCAGGGCCUGCGACGCAAGACGGUCGAGGGGCGCCGAUCUACUCGCGGAGACCGGUCGGGGGAGAGAGCUCGGCAUCGCUGACGCCGGCGCCCCCGCGGGCCGCAGCGGGCCUUGCGCUGGGCGGGUCGUCGGCCGGCGCGUCGCUGCUGGCGCGGGGCGCGGGUGGCGCCUCGCUGCCCGGAGACGGCCAGCUGGAGGAUCAUGAAAUCCGGGGGAUUCUCGAGCUGGACAAGCGGAUUCCAGGGAGUGUCUUUCUUCAGCAGUCGGCCUACUGCCUCUCCUUCGGCGGCGGGGGAAAGUGGGUCGCGUCAUGGGGCGUGGGGGGCUCGGACCGUCUCUUCUCGCGCAGCUUCUCGGUGUCGCGCUUCGGCUUCGCCCAGGCCCGCGCGAUGGCAGAGCACUGGCGACGAACCAAGCUGCUGAGACUCUGGCGAACUGAGCAAGAGCGCAAGGAGACAGCCAGUCGCGAGGCCCUCAUGCUCGUUGCAGCAGGCGGAAAGUCGCGGGGCGGGCACUACCACGCCGGGAAGGAGCGCGGCGCAGGCGCCGCCACCGCCGCCGCGGCAGGCAAGAAGGCGGAGACGGUGCCUCUGGGAGCUCCGCCGUCUCACCGCCACUCGCCAUACUCGCCUUCGCUGACGGGAAGACGCGCAGGCAGCGGGUCAGGAUCUGCGGGGGCGAGCGGGCCCCUGGGAACGACCUCGUCGGCGCUGCAGCACUUUUUGAGGCUGUCGCAGAGUCGCUUGACGACUGAAGGCGCAGAGAGUGCCCUCGACGCGAAGUCUGCGGCGGCCAGGGACCCCGCCGCCGACCCGGCCGCCCGCUUUGCGUUCGCAGAGGGCGAGGGCGACGCGGCGGCCGACGACUCCGCGCCUGGCGAGGGGCUCGCGUCGCCGUAUCCGCGCCGCCGUCUGCGAGAGGAGAGCGACGACGGAGCUGGCGACGUGUUGUCGCCAGGCUUCGAGGGCGGUGACGGAGCGCACUCGCGACUUGUGCUGCCGCCGUCGCGGACGCCCGGAUGGCGAGACCGCGAUGAGGAGGGAGGGCGGGGCCUGCAUGCGACGCUGCCGGAGGACGACGAGGCGGCGUCGCCGUCAGCCGAUGUCUCUUUCGACGCCGAGACUCGCGCGUGGAAAGCCGAAGUGACGAAUCUUCGCGGCGAGCGAGUCGCGAAGACCUUCGCGGUGUCGGCGCUCGGCGGAGUCGACGCGGCGCGGCGCCAGGCAGUGGCAGCGCAGCGCGCGUUGGAGGCCGAGGUAGUCCGGGAGUACCUCGACAUCAACCGGGGCGUGUACCCCGGAGUCUCCUUCGACCGGAGACAACUGUCGUGGCGGCUCCAACCCGCGGUCGUGCUUGAGGCUGUGCUCAAGAAGUUUAGGAUGGAGAAGGAAGACGAGAAGGAGGGCGUCAAAGACGCUGGCGCAGAAGACGCGUCAGGUGUGGUCAGGGAGGAACGGGCGGAGGCCGAGGGCGGGUCGGCGGCGAGAGAAAAGAAGAUUUCGGGGCAGCUAGUCCCCGCAGACCAGAUCGCGGCGAUCGUCUCGAGACCUGUUGAGAUCUUCUCUGCUGGUUCCCUUGGCUGGGUGAAGGCACGCGCCUCAGCGCUCCAGGCCUCCCGCGAUCUGCAGCUCCAGCUGGGUGUCUCCGCGGCGUCGCUGGGGCCGUCUGAGCAGCUAGUGGAACACGCGGAGCUCGCGCGGCUGCUCGCAGCACACCUGACCAAGACUACGCGCAAUCGACAGUCCUCUUCGUCUCCUGGAAGGCCUAUGGGCGACUGGGGCGGCGACUCUCAGCUGCGGACGCCGUCGCUCUCCUCGUCGCCGCACAUGUCCCCCGCGGAUGCGGCGUCGAACUCGCCGUCUCUCUCUCACCGCUUCCCCGCCCGGCGCGAGAGCGGCGCCGAGCUGGAGACUGGGGCGUGCGCUUCUGAGGAGCGGGAGCGGUCACGAGACGCAGAGUUCGCGGCGGCGGCGGCCGUGAAGGCCGCGGCGGUCGCGGGCGUCCGCUGUCUGCAGGUCUCUGACUUCUUGGCGGACAUUGAGAUCUCGCCCUUCGACCCCGUUGCCUCUGCGCAACGCCGAGCGACGCUUGCCGCGAACGCUGCGGCCUCGGCAGAGUCGCUAGCCGCCGACCUAGCAUCCGGGGCGGCGGCGGGCGCCGACGGCGACGAUCCAGAGAAGAAGGGCGAGGAGGAAGCCGACGGCGGCAGCCUGCGGCGGGGGAGCCCGAAGAAGGGCGAGGACCUCGCGGGCUCGCUCGCGACCUUCAAAGGGAUUCACUAUAGCAAGCGCGAGCGCGCCUGGGUUUGUCGGUGGACAGACGCGGUCACGGGGAAAGUGGCCGUGAAGGCCUUUCAGGAGAAGAAGUUCGGCUUCGAGGAGGCGAAGCGGCUGGCGGAGAUCUACAGGCGAGCCGCAGAGGCCACCGGAAGAGUGAAAAUCCGCGAGACGCCUGCGACGAGUACUGGCCUGCCGCUUGUCCGCUUUGUGCAGACGCGCGGCGCAGACAAAACGCGCGGUGGCGUCUGGCGCGUGGAGUGGCUGCUCAGCGAGCCUGAAGCGGAGAGACAGCGAAAGAGCGAAAACGGCGAGGGCGGCGGCGCUGGAGCUGACAGCGAGAGAAAGAAGUCGGGUGUCACUCUGCAGAUCCUCAAACCCUUUCUCUGCUACCAAUUCGGCAUCGAGACGGGCCGUUUGCUCGCGCUGCAUCUGAAGAAGAAGCUGGACGCGGUGUACGUGCCGCUAGCUGAGAAUCUGAAGCGGAAGUGGAACGCGAGCCAAGGCGCAGGAACCAGCACGAAGCGGGAGAGUGCGCAAGACGGCGGAGCUCCCGCUGCUGACAAACCCGAGGACGACUCUGGAGCUGCGCACGCAGACGCGAAUGAGGGCGGCGGCGAGCAACCCGCACAGGACUCCGCAGGCCCUCGCGCGUUUAAGGGGCCUGUGUCUUUAUUCUUCUUUGAUCCGUCCUACUUGGAUAUUGGCAGCAUUCGCUCUCAGUUCGAGGCCGUGCAAAAGAUCCUGCGGGAGACGGCCGAACUGGAGGCUCGCGUUCACCAUGCGCUUCUCACCAACGCGCCCCUACCGUUCAUCAUGGAGCCUCCGCCGUCGCCGCCCUCGGUGUUUGCGUCUGGCGAGUGCGCUGGGCUCCUGGCGGGCCCGUUGGGCGGCAGAGACGGCGACGAGAAUGCCCUUGUGCUGCCGGAGGUGCUGGCGCUCGCGGCGGCGUCCACGCGCGGCGGGCGAGGCUCCCGCGGCGGGCGGCUGUCCACGGGCAGCGGCGUGAGCUUGGGAAACGAAGAGGGCGGAAGGAGGAGGCGAAAACGCGAUCCCAGCGCAGUUGUCGGGGAGCUGCCUACGGGCUCAGGAGACGCCGCAGACGGGUUUGAGGCGCUGGGCACUAAACAGGAAGGCGAGGACGAGGCGGGAACGGGAGUCAAGAGACGGAGGCGGCGAGCCACGCCUGGAAUGGGCAGCGGAAGAAGAGGCGGUCGCGAAAGCGCUGCGGCGCGGCUUGCCGCGGUUGCCGCAGACCUCAUUUCUACAACGGCCGCCGCCCAAGCGUCUCUUGUCGCGGACAAACUCCAGUCGUCGCAGACCGGCGGCGCCGGCGGGCACGGCGGCAGCGGGGCGCUCAGGCGAGACGGCGACCGCUACCCUCUCCCUGCCUCCGCCUCCGCUGCGGCGGGAGGCCGAGGAGGGCGUGAGGACGAGGCGCGGCGCGAGGGAAGGUCUGACGAAAACAGCAGCUCAGACAGCAGCAGCGACGACAGCAGCGACUCGGAUUCCAGCGACAGCUCGGGCUCAUCGAGCAGUUCGAGCGACUCCCUCAGCAGCGGAGAAGACAUGCCCAGCAGCGUGCCCGAGGGGCCGGUGGGCCUUCUCGCCGGCCUCCCGGCGGCGAAGAAGAAACGUCAGCAGCAGCUGCUGCUGCUCUCGGCGUCGCACUCCCCUUCGCCGACGCCGGCGCCCGCGUCUCAGGAAGGGCCCGGGGCGAAGUCCGCAGGAGCCGGCGCUCGAGGCGAGCCGAUACGUGCGAUGCCGCAGCGGCGUCAGCGGCAGACACAGCAGGGUGGCGAGGAGAGAGCGGGACCGCGUUGCCCACGAGGCGUAGGAGGGGCGGCGCGGGCGGGCACCGAGGCGAAGGCGGCAGCGGCGGACGUGGCGCCGGAGAGAGCGACUGCAGUUGGCGCCUCCGGGCUCCCGGGGGCUGCAGGCCCCGGCAUCCGGACAGGGGUACCGUUUGUCCCUUCGGGUCGCGGCCCCACCCAGCCGCCCGCUGCGUCGUCGGCGCGAGCGUCCUUCUUGGCGGCUGCCGGAAGGAAAGAGGAAGGCCUGGGCCCCUCUGGCGGGGCGUCGGGCCCCUCCUCCGUCGUUCAUUCCGCCUCCACCUGGUCUUCGGCGGCGGGCUCUGGAGGCGGCGCCCAGACAUCCGACGGUCCCCCGAUCUCUGCCGGGCUGCUGCCCGCCGGCAAGGCAGCUGGGAUGCCCGGGGCGCCGCCGUCGCAUGCGCCGCCGCUGUUGAACCCUGCUGCCACGUCUGCGCUGAAUCUUGUUCUGCAGCAACGCAGAGCCCACGGCGCCUCGGGCUCGUUGCCCCCCGCGUCUCACCAGGCAAUGACCGCCUUGGUCGCCAGCGCGUUGGCUGCUGCGGCGAGUCGGGGAGCUGCGGCCGCGGGAGUGGGCCCGCCGGGCGCUGCCUCGUCGUCAGGCCCCUCGGGCUUGGGACCCGUCGGACUGCCAGCCAACGCGAACCCUCUGCUCGCGCGCCUCGCCCAAAAUCCGCAGCAGCAGGCUUGUCUUGCCGCGGCCGCUGCGGCGCUACAGAGGCAGCAAGAGCUGCAGAGACAGAUUCACCAGCGAGCCUUGUUUUCUUCGCGACUCCAGCAACAGGGGGGAGCGGCACGCGGCGGUGGUGGGGGGGCGCCGGGUCGGGAAGCCGACGGCGAUCGCCCGAGUGUCGGAGGCGAGGGGUCGGGCGGCGGCAGCGGCGUGCCGCCGUCUGCAGGCGGGCCUCCAUUGCCGUCGUCUCCUCUGUCUGCCUCGCUGCCGUCUUCUGUCUCGUCGUCGGACGCUCUCACGGCUCUCCGUGCCAAGCAGGCGCUUGCGCACUUUCAGCAGCAGCUCCGCCAGGGCUUGCAGCUGCAGCAGCAGCAUCAGCAGAGCCUCGAGCGUCAGCGCCUCGCGCAGCAGGGGUCGGGGGCUCUGCCUCCUGGGGGAGCCGCUCCAUCCAUACGAGGCCCGCCCGGGGCCCAGGGGCCUGGUGGAGCUCUGGUGGGCACAGCCGCGGACCUCUCCGCAGCUGACGGGGGAGACGCAGAAAAAAGCGCCUUCGUCUCCGCAAUGGCAGGUCGCGGACGCGUGGCGCCGCCUGCGGGCUCCGCGGUCGCGCCUGUCGGGGGUCCUGCGGGGCCCGGCGGCCCCUCCGGUGUCGUGGGGCCUGCGGGCUUAGCUGGGGAGCGUGGAGGUCAGUUUCUGCUCGCGCAGUCCACUCUUGAGAGGCAACGGCAGCAGCAGCAGCUCCAGCAGAGACUGCGGCAGCAAGAGCAGCUUCUCGCGGCCGCUGCAGUUGCCUCAGUUGCGCGGAACGCAGGGGCCUUAGCCGGAGCCGGUGGGGGGGGGGGGGGCGGAUCUUCCGCAGGCCCCGCCGCCCUGAGAAGCGGCUCUGCGGCAGACGCUCGCUUUGGCGGGUCGGGGCCGCUGCCUGCCGCAGCGGGCGUCGCGGGACACGGGCCUCCCGGCCCUGGAGGGCCUUCGGCGCACUUGGGCGCCGGCGGGGGAACUACGAUGCAGGCAGCCUCCUCCGCCCAAUUGCAACAGAGCCUGAGGCUCCAGCAGCACGUCGCCGCGGCGGCCGCCAGUCACCAGCAGCAACAGAGACUGCAGCAUCCUCAGCAGAGACAGUAG